AUGGCCGGUGGAGUCAAGAAACCCAUCAACGUAUUCCGCUCUGGCGCCUUCAAGUCCAAGCACUUCCAGAAGCUCAUCCACUAUGACACGUUCUCCAAGUCGGAGCAGACCAACGUCAAGGCCAACAUUUCGUCCAUGGUUCUGAUGGGUUCGGUUGCCGGUUCGCUCUUCGCCUUCUUCGUCUGUGACCGCAUCGGUCGUCUCUGGGCCACUCGCCAACUCUGCGUCUGGUGGGUCGUCGGCAUGGCUAUGGUUCUCGGCAACAACGGCAACAUUGGUCUCGUGUACGCUGGUCGCUUCAUCGCCGGCUUUGGAAUUGGUCAAACCCCCGUUGUCGGCCCCGUCUACCUCGCUGAAAUCGCCCCGGCCUCUGUCCGUGGUCUCUGCACUUGUGUGUUCACUGGCAACGUCUACCUCGGUAUCAACCUCGCCUACUGGUCCAACUAUGGCGCUGAGCGCGGUCUUGGAUCGGACGUGGCGGCGCGCUGGAUGAUCCCGACAUCGUUGCACAUCAUGUUCGCGACGCUCAUUUUCACGCUUUCUUGGUUCCAGUACGAGUCGCCCCGUUACCUCGUCAAGAAGGACAGGAUCGAGGAGGCAACCCGCACUAUGAGCAAGAUCCGUCGCCUGCCAGAGGACCACCCCUACGUCGUCAACGAGAUCAGCGCCAUCAAGUUUGCCCACGACACUGAGGUCGCUGCUACUAAGGACAUGACGAUCUGGGGCAUGAUCAAGCAGACCCUCUCCAACAAGCAGAACCUCUUCCGUCUCUACCUCACGACCUCGGUCCAGUUCCUCUCCCAGUGGUCGGGUGCCGGCUCGAUCACAAUCUAUGCCGUCGACCUGUUUGAGAUUCUCGGCAUCACUGGCGGCGAGACCUCACUCCUUGUGACCGCUGUCUUUGGUCUCGUCAAGCUCUUUGCCGCCAUCCUCUGUGCCCUCUUCCUCGUCGACGUUAUUGGCCGCAAGCGCUCGCUGCUCAUCGGUAUCACGCUCCAGACCAUCUCGAUGCUCUACGUCGCUUCGUUCCUCACCUCCCAGCCCAAGCUCGGCGUCGACAAGAGCUACCACCUGCCUGCCAACAAGAAGGGCAUUUCCAUGGGCGCCAUCGCCAUGAUCUACAUCUCCGGUUUCGGCUGGGCCCUCGGCUGGAACUCGAUGCAGUACCUGCUCACCUCGGAGCUCUUCCCUCUCAACAUCCGUGCCGUCGCCACGUCUUGGGCCAUGGCUCUCCACUUCCUCAACCAGUACGCCAACGCGCGUGCCGUCCCCAACCUCCUCGAGCCGCUCUCGCACGGCGGCAUCACGCCGGCCGGCACCUUCUGGUCGUUUGCCUGCAUCACCAUCAUUGGUGGCGCGUGGGUGUGGUUCUUUGUGCCCGAGACUGCCGGCCGCUCGCUCGAGGACAUGGACAAGCUCUUCGAGCUCCCCUGGUACAAGAUUGGCCGCUACGGCAACGCGUUCGCCGACGAGCAGGACGAGAUCGAGCGCCACGCCGAGGACGAGAAGGCCGACAAGGCGCUCCACCUCGAGCACGCUGUGUCCAACACCACUGCCACGGUCCCUGCCCUCAGCAAGCAGAACGUCUAA